AUGCCUCUUCAACCGCCAUUACCACCCCUCAUCACCCCAUAUGUAUCAUCUCAGCCUGAGAAUUCACUCACACUGAUAUCAUCUAUUCUGGGAGCCACAUCAAACUGGCUUGUGUUGAGAUUUCUACACGCAGCCCUUAGACAGGAAUCGAACAAUGCAUCACUUGGCUUCGAUGAACCACAUGGCAGCAAAAGACCAGUCGUACUAGUGAGCUUCUUACGAGGCUGGGAGUUUUGGAAAGCUGAGGCUAAAAGAUUGGGCAUUGACCUUGGUCGUUUGACUGAUAAGAAGGAAUUUGCAUUUGUGGACGGUUUGAGUGAAUUGUUCAGUGGUCCUCAACCAGCAAGUGUGUCUACGCCGCCUGCUGUCAAUAUUGGUCAGGUGCGCACAACCUUGCCACUUCGGUCUGCGGGUGCAGUACCAGGGAGGUCACCUAUCCCAACCCAACCGACAGACAGAAGCAAUGUGCCAAAGCAGACACAGACGGGGCCUGGAAUUGCAAAGAAGCUACAUUUCACUGGACGUGGUGUUGCUGCGCUAGAUGCUCUGGAGCACGACAUUAUCAACGUUAUCAUGGGAUUAAACGGUGAAAAGGCGCUACUCAUCAUCGACCAGCCAGAUCUUCUGCUUGCAGCUACAGGUGAAAGCUUGGAUAUUGGAGCUACAGAAAUGACAGAGUGGAUCAAGGGUCUACAGGAGAAAGUUUAUGCUACUGUUAUGACGCUGGCUGCAGACUCGCCGCUGGUCCAUAACGCAUCAGCAUCCAGGAUGCAGGUAGCUUCGCCGAUAGAGUCUGGUCAUGCAGCAUUUGCUAUCGCUUUGGCACAUCGGGCUCGGUCUGUCAUGCAGCUUCGCACUCUGGAGACUGGAGCCGCGAGAGAUGUGAGUGGUGUGCUGAGGAUCAGCCGAGGCGGUGGAUGGACCGAAGAGAACUUGGAUGAAAAGGAACUGCUGUACUACAUCCAGCGAGAUGGUGGAGUCAAGGUCUUUGGGCGUGGGGAAUCCUGA